AUGGAUAUACUAAAUGUUCUAGACCUCUCAGGCACUGGUAUGAGGGAAUUGCCGAUGGAAAUAUCAAAAUUGAACUCAUUGCAAUAUCUUAAUCUAUCAAAGACACUGAUAAGGCAAUUGCCAGUUAAGUUGAAAAUGUUGGUAAAUCUGAAAUAUCUGAACUUGGAGAAUAACAUAGAUCUAAAUAUGAUUCCAAGGGGAGUCAUAUCUAGUUUAUCAUUAUUGCAAGUUUUGGAAAUAUAUAUAGUUGGUCGAAGUGAUUUAGGAGAGCCGGAUGUUGAUGUUGUCAUGGAAGAGAUAGAAACACAUGAUGAUGCAGGUGGAGGUCUAGGCAACUCAAUGAUCUCCAGGAAGACAUACUUUAAUAGCCUUCAUACAUUGACUUUAGGGAAGCCUCAGAUUGAGGAUCUGACAUGGGUUAUUCUAGCUCCAAAUUUGACGUGUUUGAAUGUGCAAGUGAACGAGCAUAUAGAAGAGAUAAUAAGUGUUGAAAAGUUAGAUGAUGUUCAACUUGAAGACAAUCUUCAAGAACUUGAGACUGCAAGAGAUAAAUUAAGAGAGCUGAGCAAUGAUGUGAUGCGGAUGGUCAUCAGUGAGGAAGCUCCACAAACAGUGCAGCUGGAUCGAGUUGGAGGAUGGCUUUCAAGGGUAGACGCUACCAUUACUGAAGUUAAUUCUCUCCUCAACAGAGCUACGCGAGAAAGACAGAAAUUGUGUCUUGCAGGCUGUUGCUCCAAGAACUGUAAGUCCACCUACAUGUUUGGGAAAAGCGUUUCCAGAAGCCUCAAACAUGUGGUUGGUUUGAUGAGCGAAGGUGAAUUCAAAGAAGUGGUUAUCAGUGCCCCUGCUGUCCAACUUCAAGCUAAUCUCGAAGCUUUAAGGACUGCAAGACGAGAAUUAUGGGCUUCAAAGCAGGAUGUGAAGCGGAAGGUUGACUUAGAGGAAGGACAACAACAGAAGGCGCUGCAACAAGUUCUAUUGUGGCUUUCGAUGGCGGAAGCGAUGAUAACCGAAGCAGAGGAGCUCGAAAGAGAUGGUCCACAACAAGUUCAGAAAUUGCUAGCUGGAGAUAUUUCCAAUUACAUGUUCGUGGGAAGGGUCGCCAAAAAAUUAGAAGAUGUGAUUGCGUUAAAAGCCAAAGGAGAUUUUAAGGAAGUGGUUGAGAGGACACUUCCAGAACCAGUGGUAGUAAGAAAUGUUAAUCCAACAGUGGGCACUGAAAGUACCUUAGACGAGGCAUGGAGCUUCAUCACGGGAGAUCAGGUGGGAAUUUUUGGCAUAUACGGUAUGGGGGGAGUCGGUAAAACUACUCUCCUUACUCAAAUCAACAAUAGAUUUGCCACUAUAUCUAAUAAUUUUGAUGUUUUGAUUUGGGCUGUGGUUUCUAAAGAUUUGAAACUUGAGAAGAUUCAAGAGCAGAUUUGGAAAAAAAUUGGCUUUUUGGAUGACAAAUGGGAAAAGAAAAGCCUCCGUGAGAAAGCAGAUGACAUAUUCCAUGCAUUGAGUAGAAAGAAAUUUGUAUUAUUGUUAGAUGACAUAUGGCAACGAGUUGACCUUGAAGAAAUUGGGGUUCCUCUGCCUACAAGACAAAACAGAUGCAAGAUAGUAUUCACAACACGCUCUUACAGAGUAGGCAGGCAAAUGGAAGCUGAAAAGAUGAUAAAAGUGAAACCUUUGGAUUGGGAAGAAGCUUGGGCAUUGUUUCAGAAGAAGGUUGGGGAUAUUGAUCUUGAUAUUGUUCCUCUGGCUCAAGAUGUUGCUAAAGAUUGUAGAGGGUUGCCAAUCGCUCUCAUUACCAUUGGUAGAGCCAUGGCCAGUAGAAUUACAAGGGAAGAAUGGAAGCAUGCUCUUAAGGUACUAAGAAGUUCUGCCUCAAGCUUACCAGUCAUGGAGGAUGAGGUAUUUCAAGAUAUGGAGGUUGAGGUAUUUGUACGAUUGAAAUUUAGUUAUGAUAGUCUGAGUAGUGAUAAAGUUAAAUCUUGUUUCUUAUAUUGUUCCUUAUUUCCGGAAGACUUUGAAAUUCACAAACGUGGAUUGGUAAAUUAUUGGAUUUGUGAGAAUUUUGGUGAUCGCAAUGAGUCAUAUUCUAUAAUCUGUUCACUUGUUGGGGCAUGUUUAUUGGAAGAGCAAGGCCAACAUGUGAAAAUGCAUGAUGUGAUUCGUGACAUGGCUCUGUGGAUAGCAUGUAAAUAUGAAAAAGAAAAGCACAAGUUUUUUGUGAAAGCGGGUGCCCAAUUAACUCAAGUAUCAGAGGUUGGAACAUGGGAAGGAUCAAAACGGAUGUCCCUGAUGGCAAACUCCUUUGAAAGAAUCCAUGAAGUUCCUAGAUGUCCUGAUCUCUUGACUUUAUUUCUCAGCGAUAAUCGUCUUUUAAGGGAGAUCGGUGAUGGUUUCUUUCAAUUUAUGGAUAUACUAAAUGUUCUGGACCUCUCAGGCACUCGUUUAAGGAAAUUGCCGUUGGGAAUAUCAAAAUUGAACUCAUUGCAAUAUCUUAAUCUGUCAGGGAUGCUGAUAAGGCAAUUGCCAGUUGAGUUAAAAAUGUUGGUAAAUCUGAAAUAUCUGAACUUGGAGGGUACUUUCAAGCUAAAUAUGAUUCCAAGGGGAGUCAUAUCUAGUUUAUCAUCAUUGCAAGUUUUGGAAAUGGUCGACGUUGGUGUUUUGCGCUGGAGGUCUAGGCAACUUAAUGAUCUCAAGGAGACAUGCUUUAACAGCCUUAAUACAUUGAAUUUAAUGGGAAGCCUCAGAUUGAAGGAUCUGACAUGGAUUAUUCUAGCUCCAAAUUUGACGGACUUGCAUGUGGGCAACAACAAUCAUAUAGAAGAGAUAAUAAGUGCUGAAAAGUUAGAUGAUGUUCAAGUUGGGGAUGAAAAUUUCAAUCCAUUUUUUAAACUAGAAUAUCUCAACUUGGAAAAUUUACCAGAAUUGAAACGCAUUUAUCCCAAAGCCUUGUCCUUUCCCUCUCUAAAACAAAUCGAUGUAUAUGAAUGCCCACAGCUUAAGAAGCUGCCAUUAAACUCGAGCAGCGCAAAUGGAGGCAAAGUUAAGAUUGAAGCAGAGGAACGAUGGUGGAAAGAUGUUGAAUGGGAGGAUGAUUCUACUAAAACUACCUUUCUACCGUGCUUUGUGCCUUCUCGCCGUCGGUAUUGAUUUUCACAUUUGCUUGGUUUCCAUAGGCGGCAGAGGAUGAGCUGGCAAACUAUGGAGUGGUGUUGUUGGCCAAAUGCUGCAUUUAGCUUUCGAAGCUGUGCUGGUGGAGUAUUUUGUU